GGAAGAAUUGCAAUUGAGAACUGGAGAAGUGCGAACUAGGAACUAAAGAAGUUUUGCUAUCUUGAGAUGGCGAUUUGUAAUUCAUAUUAUAUAUUGAUUGUUCUAGGAAGGAAAGGAAAAGAAGAGAAGAGAAGAGAAAAAAGAUCUGAUGAUGAUGAUGAUGAUGAUAUAUAUGUGUGGGUUAGAGAGAAUGGUUUGGAUGGAAUUCGACGACCUGUUCAUACUUGCCAGGGCUGGGCGAUGGAGAGUCUUAUUAUUGGUGGCAAAGAAUGGAAAUUGAAAAUUGAAAAUUGAAAAUGGGGAUUCUUGUUCAUGCAGAGAGAGUGGUGAUGGGAAUGUAAUGGCAUAUUCUA